CAGGGUAGUAGGGGGAUAUGGAACAAACUUCCCAAUAAUGUCAAUCACAAUCUAUUUGAUAUUCUCACCAUCAGUUUCAAGUAGCCCGUUCAGUCUCAGCAGUCUGGUUCAGCACUGGCUGUGCGCAGCUCCUCGUUUUCUUUUGCCAGCAUCAACUUUAUUUUUCAACAGUUUCACAUCAUUAGUGAUAUCCUUAAUGCCUGCUGCGUUAAACUCUAUAGUUUUGGAAACGUUUGCAAUCGAAAGGGUAUUUUUAAUAAAUCCUCUCAUCAAAGCCAUUCAGCCGAAUAUCGUGUUCGUCAAAUGUAACGUUAUUGUUUAAACCUUGGAUUUCCUUGAAGAUGGCUUCAUUUGCUGGGGUGGUUGAGUCUGCCCGGCGUCACUUUCUCGUAGUCUCUUCAGGUUGGGGGGUUCGAAUUGGUUAUUUGGACACCUGUACCGAAGAAUUUCUGUAACCUCGGUACCGUUACUUCUGGGGGUGUCAAAAUCGUCCAUAUAGUUGACAGUACUCACCUCGGUUACGACAGCUCCCCCUACACUGUUAGCUUCUAUCUCAGCUAAUGUUAACAACGUUAACUAGCUAACGCUGAUUUAUUGCUAGCUUCUAUUGGCUGAAUUUAAGUAUAACAAAGUGUAAAACAGAUGUUCGAUGAACCACUAAACUAAUUGAAAGAAUAAAAAAAUACAGUAAGAAACGCAACUUUAACUCUGUGUUCGUCGUCAAACUCAAAUUAGGGCUUGAAUUCAAUUUAAAGUUUAGGAGCUCAGUUUAAUGCAACCACUCACUCCGCCAUCUUGUCCCACCCCUCACUUCAUUUUAUUGUUAGAGCGGCGGCUAGAAUAUCUGGUCAAUAUAAUGGAUAAUGUGUGUCUUUACGCAAACGUGUGUUCUGUCAACAGCAGCGAACAGAAUAACGCAGCAAGUGGUGUUGAUACAGUCUGGAUGACUGCAGAACGGAGAUAGUGUUAGCCAUCUUGCCAAUUUUAUCGUUUGGCUUAGAUGAACCAAUAUGUCGCUUGGUGUGUAAAGCUAUAACGUUAGGCAGCUAGCUAGGUAGCUAAUCAGCUGGUGGUAGAUUAGCAACUACAGUGGCUAGCUAGCCAGCACUUGCAAUUCAUUUAGGUUGUCACUGUGUUUUUGUUGUUGACAUUUUCAGGAAGCUAGUUAGUUAAGGACGGCUACCCCUUAGGCAGCAUUCGUUUUUGUGACAAGUAGCUAGCUUGAAUUGCAGACAGAAAAUGAGUUCAGCACCAGGGAACCGAGAGGAUGGCGUCCCUCCAGACCGUGGAAGUGAAGACGUAACGUUAGAUGACAGUGGGGGUGAUAUUGCCAGUACUACUGGCAGACAGGAGUUGGAGAUGUGCCUUGGCAACAACGAAAUAAAGAGCCGUGCGGUGGUGAAGUACUCUGCUGCCCCUCCACCCACCACCUAUGCACUACUACAGGAGAAGACAGACCUGAAGCUGCCUCCUGCCAACUGGCUCCGGGAGAGUCCCCAGCUUGGGCCUGCAGGGUCCACUGUACUAGGGUCCAGCAGCAAGAGCAAGCCUUUCUCCAGUUUUGGGAUGGCCUAUGACUUCAUUGAUUCUAUUGGGGAUGAUGUUGAUGUGGUGUCAGACUCUGAGAACAUCAAGAAGCUGUUGAAGAUCCCCUACAGUAAGUCCCAUGUCAGUAUGGCCGUCCACCGCGUGGGAAGGACUCUCCUCCUUGAUGAACUGGACAUUCAGGAGCUCUUCAUGAGGUCCUCUCAGACAGGCGAUUGGACAUGGCUGAAGGAGUUUUACCAGAGACUAAUAGAUCAAAAGUGGCAGAGAAAAAAGAAGAGCAAGGAACACUGGUACCAAAAAGCAAUCCUGUCCAAGUUCCUCUACUACAGUAUUAAUGGUGAUGGAGCCGCAGAGCCUGUCCCUGACUCAGACAACCCUGAUGAGGGGUGUGGGGCGGAGGAGUUUGGUCCCUCCUGGCCCGCUACCUUCACUAGCACCGCUUCAGACUCCGAGGAGUCUGCAGCACACAAAGAGGAAGGGGUUCCCAUGGAUAGCAAGUAUGCAUUGGGACAAGUGGCUUCCAAAGAGCAGAACCUUACCACACUGUUCAACGAGGGGGAGAACAGUCAGGGUUUGAGGAAUGACUUUGUGAGGAACAUCUUGUGGACAUUUGAGGACAUCCACAUGCUGGUGGGGUCCAACAUGCCUAUCUUUGGAGGAGGGCGCUACCCAGCUGUCAGCCUGCGGCUCAGGGAUAACAACAAGCCAAUCAACAUUCUCACAGGUAUUGACUACUGGCUGGACAAUCUGAUGUGCAAUGUUCCAGAGCUCGUGAUGUGCUUUCAUGUCAAUGGCAUCGUCCAGAAAUAUGAGAUGAUCAAAACGGAAGACAUCCCUGAUCUGGAGAACUCCACCUUCUCAACGAGGGUUGUGAAAGACAUCGCUCAGAACAUUCUGUCCUUCCUCAAGUCUAACUGCACCAAAGAGGGCCAUACCUACUGGCUCUUCAAAGCUAGUGGAAGUGACAUCGUAAAGCUGUAUGACCUCACCACUCUCUGUGAGGAAGCAGCAGAGGAGAAAUGCCAGAACCCAUUCACUCUGCCAGUGGCUGUGCUCCUUUACAAAGUGGCUAGCAACAUGAUGCUGAAGAAGAGCCAGAACAGGAAGCACUAUGGAACAAUCAGAACGUUGCUCCUCAACUGUGUGAAGCUCCUGGACCAGGACAGGCACCCCCAGAUCAUAGCAUCGGCCCACUACAUGCUGGCAGAGCUGUUCCAGUUGGACGAGUCUCCAGAGGAGGGAGCUGGGGGGGAGUCGCUGCGGGCCGGGGGCUCAGAGGACAGCUACAGUGACGAGGAUGAUGAAGAAGAUCCAGAAGACCUACCAGAGGACAGUGAUGAGAACGGCUCCUUUAGUACCACGUUGGACUCACAGGAUGAUAGCAAAGCUGUAGCUAUUAUCAAAUCAGUGGGGGAGCUGUCUGUUCCAGAGAAGUACAAGUCCACUCACCAGAUCAGGCCCAUCUACGCAUUUCCCGUCUCUCAAGACAAGGAGGAAAGAUGUCGGCAUGUCCUCAGCUAUGUCUUAAAGGGCCUAAAAGCAGUGGACGGCAGCAUUAAGAAGGAGAGUGACCUCCCAGCUGCUGACCCAAACACCCCCAUCCCCCUGAAGUACGAGGAUGGGAGUAAGGCCGUGGAGAAAGGGAUCGCACUCCUCCUGGACAGAGCUGGUCCCUUCCAGGAGGACCGGAAGCAUCCGACCCGGUCAGGGAUGAUCCCAGGGUCCUGGCAGCACCGUAUGAAGCUGCAGCUCUUCUUCAAGGCGUCCAAGGCCUACUACGUACUGUCAGACGCUGCCACUAACCUGCUCAAGUACGGCCGGGCCCUGCGCUACAUCAAACUGGCCCUGCAGUGCCACGAUGCCUACUGUUCAGUGAGCAGUACCCUGCACUCGCGGGUGCUGCUGUUCCACAGCCAGUGUCUGUCUCUGUGUGGGGACAUCCAGCUGAUGCUUGCCCAGAAUGCCAGUAACCGUGCUGCCUACCUGGAGGAGUACAGCUACCAGACCAAGGAAGACCAGGAGGUGCUGCACAGCCUGCACAGAGAGAGCAGCUGCCAGGAUCAGUCUGGCCUGUGUGACUGUCCCCCAGCCUUUAACAUGGCCAGUGACCUGGCCACGGACCCAGAGUACCAGCUGUUUGUGAGCAGUAAGUGUUACGAGGCGGCCUACGAGCUGCUGACCUCCGGGGUGGUGAAGGAACAUGGCCCUGAACAGCUAGCCCAGGUACUGAAGAGACUGGGCAACAUUCGCAACGAGAUAGGAGUCUUCUACAUGAACCAGGCUGCUGCCAUGCAGACCGAGAAAGAAGUGAAGACAUCUGUAUCUAUAGCUGAACAGGAGAUAUGGAAGAAGAGUUUCUCGUGCUUUGAGAAGGGUAUGAAGGACUUUGAGGCCAUUGAGGACAGCACCAACACCUCCCUGCUGCUGUGCAACACAGGCAGGCUGAUGAGGAUCUGUGCCCAGGCCCACUGUGCUACAUCUGCAGACCUGAGCAGAGGAGAGUUCUCCCCGGAGGAGUCUCUCUAUUACAAUAAGGCUAUAGACUACUACCUCAGGGCUAUGCGUUCCCUGGCCACCAGAGGGAACCACCCUGCAGUGUGGGACUCAGUCAACUGGGAGCUGUCCACUACCUACUUCACACUGGCCACUCUGCUGCAGGACUACGCCCCUCUGUCCAGGAAGGCCCAGGAACAGAUUGAGCGGGAGGUGACAGAGGCCAUGCUGAAGUCUCUGAAGUACUGUGACCUGCAGACCGAGUCGGCCCGCCAGCCCCUCUACCAGUACAGAGCUGCCACCAUCCACCACCGCCUGGCCUCCAUGUACCACAGCUGCUUCCGCAACCAGGUGGGGGAUGAGCACCUGAGGAAGCAGCACAGGAGCCUGGCAGAGCUGCACUACAGCAAGGCUGUCCUCCUGUUCCUCAGCCUGAAGGAUGCGCCCUGCGAGCUGCUCCGCACCCUUCUGGAGAGGGUGGCCUUCGCCGAGUUCACCAUGGCAGGUCAGAGCAGCAGUGGGGCCAAGCUGAAGACCCUGACAGGAGCCCUGGAUAUACUGACAGACACUCGCCAUGCCUUCCUGCUUAUCCACAAAGAGCUGCUAGAGGACCACACAGAGACAGACUGCCCAGAGUUGACAAGACCCCUUGACAGUGGUGCAGAUGGCACCACCUCCUCAGGGCUGAACACCAUAGAAGUGAUGAAAUUGAUUGGCGUAUUUGAGCCCAGUUUCUCCUUCCUGCUGCUGCAGCUGGUCAAGCUGAUGACGGCCAUGAAGCGCAAACCAAGCAAUAAGGACGAGGAGCUCCUGAAGACCUAUAAGAAUGUUUACUCCAAGAUACUGCGUGCUGAAAAGACUGCUCCACUCCUCAGCCGCAUUGAGCUCUUCCUGGACCUCCUGCAACAGCUGAUCCCAAAGACAGGAAGUGGUGACCUUGGGGCAUCGUCAUGACGACAACCAAAAUAACACCCUUACCAAGGUGUUCACUGCUCUACACACCUACAAUGUGAAAGCAUCACCAGCUGUGCCUUACUUCCAGACUGCGCAAUCCACAGUUUAGUCUCUGGUAGAUCGUUUAUUUUACAAUUGCAGCGUUUCAACAUUUCAAUUGGCCUAGUUUUGUAAAGAGGAUUGGAAAAUUACCUUUUAAAAUGUAUAUUUUCUUUGUUCUCUCUAAAUGCGAGAUGCAUGCGCAUGACUCAAACUUUGGAGUACCGGUACCGGAUUUGGUCUUAUAAACCUGGAUAAAAUGUAAGAACGUUUCAAACUGAUAAUGUGCAAUAGCCUGCAGGCAAUGUUGACUGCGAACUAUCCAUUCAAAGGAUGAUUUGUACUCAUUGCUAUAUGUUUGAAUGUGUGUGCCUGCAUGUUUGCCCUGACUUGAAAUAAAGGUUUGAAUGAUAUUUCUUA